GACACGCUUUUGUUCUGCAAGCGGAACUCCGCAGGAAUGAAUUCAGACAUCACGCUAACAGCAUUAAUGCAUCAUAGCCAGACGAGGAGGAAGGCCUGUGAGCAAUGCGUGAGGGGGAAGCGACGAUGUGAUCUAUUGGUUCCGCGUUGUAGCAGGUGUGCGAAAAGACGUGUGGACUGUGAAUAUGCAGGAGUAAAGGAUGUCUUGGAACCCUUACAGUCGGCACCGUUCUGCGGUCCAGCGAGGUCUACACGAUCAACAAAUUUGACGAUUGAACCACUUUCAAAGACAUUUGAGCUUCAAGAAUUGUUGUUUCCCCUCAACUCAAUCGACAGUCCUGUUCGAGUCGCCCACACCCCUCUCCAAUUCAAUUACCUGACGACCUAUUUCCGAAUCAGUAUCAGGUCUCUUGCCCUCCAGAGUCGCACCUUUUUCAUCCAUCCAUCGUUCUUACGCAAUCUAAUUCCCACCCCCUUAGAGUCCGCCAUCUCUGUUUGCGCGCUCUCGACGUUGAACUCCCCUUCUACCUUUGAUGUCCUCGAUUCUUACCUCAAGACUCUCAUCACUUCAUCACCAGCCACUUUCUACUCACCUUCCACGAUCUUAUUUUCUGUCCAAGCCCUCAUCAUCUUUCAAACCAUCCGACUCCUGUCAUCAGACGAACGUCGCCUCCUCCACGCUGAAGCUAAUUUUCCCCUCCUCAAUACUUGGACCAUCGCUCUUCAAACCGCGUAUUUUUCUUUACCUUCGGAUUCCACUUCAUAUAAAGACUGGGUCCUGAAGGAAAGUGUUCGUCGAACAAUAUUGACUUCUGUUCUUCUGAGAUCCAUGUACGGAACCCUUAGAGAUGGGUACACAGAUUUAGUCCCUCUCCUAGCUUCGUUGCCAGUAUCAUCUAAUGGGAAAUUCUGGGAACUGGAGAGAAACGAGAGUAGGUGGGAAGGAGUAAGGAAAGAGGAAGUGAGUACCUACUGGGAAUUCGUUGGGGCUUGGAUCAGUGAAAGUGCUUCUAAUGGAAAAAGCGAGAAAGGGGAGUUCGAGAGGGUCUUAUUGUGCUUGGAAGAGGACGGAAAAGUUGGAGAGGCAGGUCGAGAAUUGAUUAGUAACGUGAAGUUUGGUGCGCUGUGAAAUGGCGGAGUAUAAACUAUUGUGAUAUUCUGCGAAUAAAGUGAAGUAUCCAAAGUAUGGCAAGCUUUUGGGUAGCGAGUCAUCUACAUUCACCCUAU